UCGUGAUUGCAGAUGGGAGGAGGAGCGAUCCCGGGGGUUGCUCGAGGUCGACGCGACGGAGUGCAGUUUUUGGCAUCGGAGGCCAACACCGACCUUCCACCUCCACUUCCCGACUACGAUAGCGUCGUCAGCAUGCUGGCCGAGAAGGGCCUCAACGCCAGGGACAUGGAUUUGCUGUCAGGUUCGCACACAGUCGAAAAAGAAAAUUGCGCGGUCAUGCAAAGUGGACUUGACAGCCACGGACCCGAGAUCGCACCCCGUUUUUGCUGAAUCAUUGAAGAAGCAGUGCGAGCCGGGAGACUUCAGCACAGAAAUUCUGAUGGCUCAAAGCAAGCGGGCUGAUUCUUGGGACUACAACUAAAUUUCCGAUUU